AUGGAUACUAGUUGGAUUGACUUACGUAAAGGGGAUACUCGUUAUUAUAAUGGUUGCAUGGACUUUUUAGAGCUUGCAAAGGAGACUCUUAUAGAGGGAAAUACUCGAUGCCCGUGUAAUAAAUGCAAGUUAAAUAAAUGGUUUACCUUAGAAGAGGUAGGAGGACACAUUUUAUUUAACGGUUUUUAUAAGAAUUAUAGACAGUGGAUUUUCCAUUGUAAAGGUGAUGAGAGUAAUACCUUAGAGAUCCCUAGUGAUCAAGAAAAUAUAGUUGGUCGAGAUGACAUGAAUGGGUUACUAAGGGCAGCUUUCAGGGUUGACAAUAGUCCACAACCCACCAAUGAACCCCAAGACCCAUCAUUAAGUGAAGCUAAUUUUGAAGAUGAAGAUUCGUAUAAGAUGCACGAAGAGUUAAAUUUUGAUUGUGAGGAAGAUGAUGAGUUUCCAUCAACCAACACCAAUGAAGAAGAAGCGAAGUAUAAACGACUUAUGGAAGCUUCUGAUGAGGGUCUAUAUGAGGGGUGUACAACAUUCUCAAAGUUGUCGUUUCUAUUGCACUUGUUUCACCUCAAGUGUAUGUUCCAUUGGUCUGCCGCAUCAUUUAAUAAGUUGCUUGAGCUUCUAUUAGACGCAUUUCCUAAUAUUAAGGAGUUUCCAUCGUCGUAUUAUGAAGGCAUGAAGAUAAUGAAUGAUUUGGGAUUGGGUUACGAGAAAAUCCAUGCAUGUCCAAAUGAUUGCAUGUUAUACUGGGGUGAAUUUGCAGAAAAAACUGAGUGUCAUAUCUGCCACACAUCAAGGUGGAAGAAUGUGAAAGAAAAAGAGGGUGAUAUAAGAGAGAAAGAUAAAGAAGCAUGUAAGAAGGGUGUUGCAGCUAAAGUGAUGCGGUACUUUCCUCUGAUCCCAAGACUCAAGAGGCUUUACAUGUCAUCUAAAACAGCAGAGGAUAUGAGAUGGCAUUUUGACCGUAAGGAUGGAAAUAUCAUAAGUCACCCGGCGGAUGGUGAAGCUUGGAAAUUGUUUGAUAAAAGAUACGAGGAAUUCGCCAAAGAUCCUCGUAGAGUUAGAUUGGAUCUAGCAAGUGAUGGCUUUAAUCCAUAUCGUUUGAUGAAUACUAGUUACAAUACAUGGCCGGUGAUCCUGAUUCCUUAUAAUUUGCCACCGUGGCUUUGUAUGAAGUCGACAUCAUUCAUUUUGUCUUUGCUUAUUCCGGGGAAACAGGGUCCUGGUAUGAAUAUUGAUGUGUACUUGCAACCACUAAUCCAUGAGUUAAAAUUGUUGUGGGAAGGUGUAGAUGCUUUUGAUGCUUAUAGCGGCAAAAAUUUCAAGAUGCGAGCAACCUUACACUCUACUAUAAAUGACUUUCCAGCAUAUGCUAUGUUGUCGGGUUGGAGUACAAGAGGUUAUAAAGCUUGCCCUUCGUGUGCCGAUUCUACUUAUGCGUAUAGCUUUGGUGGUAAAGUUGUCUACCCUGGAUGUCGAAAAUGGUUACCAAUUGACCAUCCUUAUCGUUCUCAAGCAAAUUUAUUUGAUGGGACAGAGGAACAUGGUCUUGCUCCGGUUCGUGUAAGCGGAGGGAGACUAGAAGAUGAUGAACUUGAUGAUGAUGAUAAUGAUGAUAAUGACGAGGACGAGUCUAAUCCUGUUCUAUGGAAAAAGAAAAGUAAGCUUUUUGAAUUAGAAUAUUGGGAACAUAAUCCUCUUAGACACAACUUAGAUGUUAUACACAUUGAGAAGAAUGUAUGUGAUAAUUUCUUAGGAACUCUUUUAGUUAUGAGCAAGAGUAGAGAUGAUAAGAAUGCUAGAUUGGCCCUUAAAAAACUGAACAUAAAACCUCAUCUUUGGCCUCAAUCGCAUCCAAGUCGUGUUAACGACUAUUUGCCUCCAGCUGCAUACACCAUGUCUAAAGAAGAGAAAGAAAGAUUUCUUAAAGUCCUACAAAAUCUUAAAGUUCCCGAUGGGUAUGGAUCUAAUUUGCAAAGGUGUGUGAAUUUGAAGCAACGAAAACUUAUUAAUCUGAAAAGCCGCGAGAAUCAUAUGCUCAUGCAAGAUAUCCUUCCUAUUGCUUUAAGAGCAUCGAAUGCUACAAAAGUAAUUGAUGUGCUCGAUGAAUUGUCGUACUUUUUCAAGAAGAUAUGUUCAACAGCUAUUGAAAGAAGUGAAUUAGAUACCAUUCAGUCGAAUCUUGUGUUGACUCUUUGUAAGAUGGAGAAAGAGUUUCUUCCAACAUUUUUCACAAUCAUGGUUCAUCUACUAAUUCAUCUAGUGGAUGAGGUCAAACUCGGCGGACCUGUUCAUUAUAGGUGGAUGUAUCCCAUUGAGAGGUAUUUGGCCUUUUUGAAAUCUCAUGUAAGCAAUAAAGCGCAACCAGAAGGAUCCAUAGCUGAAGGGUACCUUUUAUGGGAAACAAUUUCUUUUUGUUCGAGAUAUUUAGAAAGUGUCGAGACCAUAUUCAACAGACCGAAAAGGAAUGAAGAUGGUGUUCCAGACAUCAACAACUAUUUAUAUGACUCUGCUGGUCGUGUAGUUGGGAUGAAAAAGAAUGUCCGUGUUGAUGACAAAAGUUUAUAG